CCGUAUUUUCUCGAAUUGAAUUUCAAAAACUAGAACAUUCUGCUGCCAUUCCCAUUUCACUGGCCAAAACCUUCAAGUUCAGUGGGCGCAUGCGCGCGCAGUCACGUGUCCUGUCCGCGUGUAACGCUCAGAAUAACGAACAUCAACCUAAAGCAACUACACAACUACUUUGGUAACUACAGUGAGCAACUGCAAUCGAGAGCGCUAAAAUGGAAAAUAGAGGUAGACGGCACUUGUGAACCAAUUUAGGUUGCCCUGACGCAAUUUUACACAACUAACGCACUUCUGCUCCAUUACGUUUUUCAGAACAAAAGAAGGAAGAGAGUUCGAGACCAAUUGCUACGCCUGCGACAAACCUCACAGCCCUUAGAGAUGUGAGAUGGGAUGUUCGUGCACGUGCUGAUAUCAAGCUCAUGUGGCAAAUUGCAAUGGGAGACGGAAUGGACAUAUUUCAAGGUUACGAAAAUGGACUUUACAUCAGUGAAUGGACGCCGACCGAGUCAGACCUCAAAUUGCUGCGAGAAAACCGCCCCUACUCCUCUAGCAGCAGCCAGUACAUACCAGAUUCCAUGGUGUUCACCAGACAUGCAGUCACUACAAGGACCCAUGACUGUACCAAGUCAAAUUGCUUCUUUGACAAUGGACGCGUUUUGUAUCUUUAGCGAGCUAGACGAUUACCAAAAUGUAAAUAAUUUAAGAAAAUAAAUUCUAUGAUUAAAUCA